AUGCACCUUCGAAAAGGAGCAUUUGAAGAAGCUGUUCGGAAAGCUUCUGAAGCCAUGGCAGAUGUCGAUAGCCAGACACUUCAGCAAUCAAAUGUUUCCAAGCUAUACGCAAGCCUGGACUCUCAAACUAUUGAGGCGACCAUCCGUCAAGCGUCUGCAGGUUUCAUCCAGAUUGCAGGCCUUAACCCAGAAUCAUUUGCUGCCGCUCUUGGUGUAGAGGAAACAAUUGCUACAACACAAGCACUAAGGCGCCUACAGGCAGUGGAAGCAGCCACCCAGACGAUGAAAGAGCUAACGACGAAACUCGAUGGGCAAGAUCUAAAAGAAGCCGAAGAAUUGUUUGCGACCUGCGUCUCUCGCAUAAAGGAGAAACUUGAAGCGGGCGACUCCUGGUCUGUUAGCGACGAUGUUCUCAAGACACAGGCAAGGGCGUUCACCUUACAGGCACUUGCACAUUCGGUUCUGAAUGCAAAAGGAUUUCCUCAUGUUUCACCUUUGCGACCAGGCAACAUUGAUUUCCGAGCGCAUAGAGAUUUGGGAAAUGAGGCGCUCGAUUGA